AUGGCAACCCGCUCCUGGACUUCCUCUCGAGCCCAGUCCCCUUUCAAUCCGAGAGACCUGGGACCCCAACUUCCGUCAGCCACCCCUAUCGAACUUGGGGAAGUCUCUCUCGAGCGGGUUACCCGCCUCCUCCUUGGCCUCCUCAGCCAAGUUGAGAAUCUCGAGCGGAAGCUCAAAGAAGUCAAGGAAACGGGAAUCGAAACCCAAACCAACGUCAAAAAUAUUUCCCAAACCGUUGAUGUUGUCAAGGAUGGGCUUCGAAGCCUCCAACUCCAUGGGCCAAGGACCCCAGAAGAAACCAAGCCCCCGGUCGUGGAAGCAACGCCACGCCCCCUACACAAGACCGAGCCUAUUGGAUUGCCCCCCAAAGGGCCAUACCCCCCAUCUGCCCCUCUCCCUCCGGCUCCAGUCGCCGCCUACCCAGCCCCGGUCAAAGUAGACCACCCAGAUGCCUAUACAGGCAAGAUUGGGAGUGAAGCCAAGCAAUGGCUCACAAGAAUGCUGGCAUGGACCCGGCUCAAUGCGCGUAUGUUUCCCACGGACCAAGAAGUCCUGUCCUUCCUCCUAAUGAAUAUGAAGGAUUCCGCGGGAGCAUGGGCGCACCCUCACCUCGACCAGCUCGGGUCACACCGGGCUAUCAUUCAAACGGUCAAGGGAUUCAAAUUGGAGUUCCUGGCAGCAUUCGGCGACCCUGACGCCACAAGGGCCGCCAAACGGAAGAUUACAACACUUACCCAGUCCGGCACAUGCGCGGACUACAUCACAAAGUUCAGAACCCUGGCAAUGGAACUGGACUGGAACGACGCGGCCCUCCGAGGCCAGUUUGCCCGCAGCCUCCACUGGGAGGUCAGCCGACAAAUUGCCACCCGCAAACACCGACCCCGCACACUUCUCGAGCUGCAAAAUGCAGCACUCGUCAUCAACAACGCGCUCCGCGAAGAGCGAGCUAGCCACCCACCGAGGGAUAAUAAGCCUAGCAAACAAUCCAACCCCGCAAGGGGGACAAGUACCGGCCAACCUACGACCGGUUUGAAGAAACUCUCCGACGACCCCAACUUUGUGUUGGAAGAGGAACGCAAUCGCCGCCGCGCCGCUGGCGCCUGCAUCAAAUGCGGCAAAAUGGGCCACAAGUUCGCGGAAUGCCAAACGGGCUGGAAGGCUACCCCUGUUGAGGACAAGGGGAAAGCUAAGGAAACCGCCAAAAUUGGCAAAGAAUCUGGACCCAAAUCGGGAAAAGAUUAA